CUUUCACAGAACUUGUGCGGAGGACUCGCAAUAAUAAAGAUGGAAUUUUCAUCGAUGAACGAGCUAAGUCCCUUGUCAUUGAUGUAGAGGAAGUUGUUAAACUGAUGACAAGUGGUGAUGGAUCUCCCAAUUCUGUCAAUGAAACUGACUCUACUGCUGCUACUCCUACUCACAUUCUGCUCAACCAAGAGUAUCUCAAGCGCGGUCAAACAAGGAAAGGACGUAGUUAUGCAAUUGGCAGCGUUCAAUACCGGGAUUUUAAUCCAUCUGAGACAGUCUCUGCUUCUCUUCAACACAACCUUGACAUGGACAUGCGUAGCUCUUGUUUGGAAAAAAACUCUGAAACUGUCAACAUUAAUUAAUGUUGAAACGCUCAAGACUGACAUGACGACACUCAAAGAUGAUAUAGUGGCCUUGAAGAGUGAGUUUAAGGAUGAGAUGGCUGCAACAAGAGCUUCGCUACAAGCGAUUCUGCAGGCUCUCGGCGUUAAUUCUGCUACUCCCCAACAGGUAAAUCAUACUCAACCUUAUGUUCCUACGACAAUGUCUCCCAAUCCUACUGUUCUGAAUGCCACAAUGCCGAAUACUGCCUCAACUCCACCUAUGACUCAAGCUCAACAAACUGCCUUUGAAGAGUGGUGACCCAAGCUUUACAAGCACUUAGUUACGUAGUCUCCUACUCUUGGUUUCUUGU